AUUCCCUCAACCUAGCCACUUUCAUAGUAUGCAGUCCAUCUUAUAGCGAUCAAUCUCCCGAGGAGAACCGCAUUGGUAGGACCUCCCUGGAGCCGACAGGUCUGGUCAGUUCUGCCUCGCCCACCCAUUUCAGAUCUGAUAUAGGAGAGCAGUUCGCAUCCGCCACGGAACAGGGCUAACCAAUUCAUCGAUUCUUUGAACCUCAUAUUGGCCACAAUGCAUCCUCUAUUGCACACGAAAGACAACCAAGGUGGGUUUUUGAAGCACUUCCUUACACCAUUCAUCUUUACCGAUGCGGUGUUCCAGAGGCCUGAGACGACAGUCUGCUUAUGCUCAUCAGGUUGCGAAGAGGUCAUGACGGCCCUCGAUGAAUGCCAUGCCCGAGGCUUUCUCUGGAAAACGGUUGGGGGUUGCACGAAAGCCAAGCAUGCAGUCAACAUGUGUCUCCGUAAAGAACGACUGAAGCGGACGCAGGAGAAUCGGGACAAAGCAAAGGUCAAGAAUGCCAAGAUACGGGAAAUCUGGGCUGAUAUCGAUGCCAACUCAUAACGAAGCUGGUUGAUCAAGGCGUCGAGGUUGGGUGUUGUGUACGAUUAUAUCACAGUGUUAUAUAUCUCCUUUCAUCACUACAUGCCCUGUAGGAUCCCUUCGAGAUUUCCUUUCCAAUGCGAUGCACUUCACGACCCAGGAAUAAUCCGCAACAGUUUGAAUGGUUGACACAGCAAAGGGAUUGCAUGAAUGAAUCAACAUUUUAAUAAUAUUAUGUACGGCCUUACGACGGUCAGAGACUCAGCAUCGAAAUAUCGCCCCACUUGAAAUUUCUGUGCAAUCAGAGCAGCCCUUGGCCAACCUCAAAC